AGUUGUUUUGGGCUGUCAGGUAAAAAAAAAUCCCUGAGAUGCUGCCUUCGCUAGAGAAAACAAACGGCGCUUCUGCUGUAUAAAAAAUUGCCACCACAGUCGAUCGUCAGGCAGCUGGUGUGAUAAUGAAUGCUGAAGAAUGCAAUGGCCGUUCUUACAUGUCAGGCAGUGGAGAUUCUUCAACGGAACGGGAGUUUUUUGCAGGGCUGAGAGUACCUACUGUGAGCACACCAAACAGUCAACAAUCCUCCCCAAGCCACUCACUCAGUGCUAACUCAAUCAAAGUGGAGCUCUACAGUGACGAGGAGGCAGGUGGGGCUCCGCUGGCAGAAAGACGAGUCGGGGAGAAGGAUGAAGGAUGGAAGAAUAAAAAGAGAGACAUGGCAGAAGAUGGGGGAGUGGAGAUGGUUGGAGGCACACGAGGGCAGACUGGGAGCGGCUGCGGGGACAUGGCCAGUCCUGAGCCAGCAUCGCCAGGUCCCAUUCGGCUGCCCAAUGGCAAGCUAAAAUGUGAUAUAUGUGGGAUGAUCUGUAUUGGACCCAAUGUUCUGAUGGUGCACAAACGUAGCCAUACAGGUGAGCGGCCAUUCCAGUGUAACCAGUGUGGGGCCUCAUUCACUCAGAAGGGCAACUUGCUGCGUCACAUCAAGCUCCACUCUGGCGAGAAGCCCUUCAAAUGUCCCUUUUGUAACUACGCCUGUCGUCGCCGCGACGCCUUGACAGGACACCUCCGCACCCACUCUGUGUCCUCCCCUACAGUUGGGAAGCACUACAAGUGCAGUUACUGUGGCCGAAGUUACAAGCAGCAGAGCACCCUGGAGGAGCACAGAGAGCGCUGCCACAGCUACCUACAGAGUCUGGACCACCAGCCUGCUCACAACACCCAAUCUGCCCACGGUGAAGAGGUUCAUAAUGUGGAGAUGAUGUCUGAACCCCUGAUCCAGUCCUCCUCAGAGAAGAUGACCUUCAUUGAUCGACUGGCCAACAGCAUCACCAAGAGGAAGAGAUCAACACCCCAGAAGUUCCUGGGUGAAAAGCACAUGCGACUAAAUAUAUCUGAAGCACCUUAUGAACUCGAUCCCAAUCCUGAUAAAGAAGGGGACUUGUUGGUCUUGCACACUGAGAGUGAUCCAUCUGCUUUAGGGCAUUUCCUCCGGGGGCCAAGAGGAGGCAGUAAUGAUGUGGAUCCUCCCCGCUCCCUGCGAAUGCCUCCCCACUCUGCCUGCCUAUCAGAGUUUACCCCAGUUAUCAGCUCUGUCUACCCCCAUAUAACCCCUUUAGGACAGCGCCUAAACUGUGCAGGGGCAUCAAUGGGUCUUGCGGGGAGGGAGGCUGGAGAGGGUCAUGAGGACACGCCCUCCAGCCGCAGUCGUGCUGCCUCGCCAAGCAAUGGUUACCAAGAUUCUACAGACACCGAGAGCAUGGCAGAGGAGCAGUGCGUCAUCGCCUCAGUGCCACCUGGAAACUUGAACCACCGCGGAGGGCGCGAGCAGCACAGUCCUAGUCACGCCAAAGAAAUGGACAUGGACGGGGACAGGGAAAAAGGAGUCCUUGGGGGUUUACCAGGGCUGCCCGCCAAGGUGAGCCCGUGCUCACCACCAGCAAGGGAAGCCAUGCAGGUGGUGGACGGGGAAGGGCGGCCAGUGCGCUCCUUCCGCUGCGAGCACUGUCGUAUUUUCUUCCUGGACCAUGUCAUGUUCACCAUCCACAUGGGCUGCCACGGCUUCCACCAGCCCUUUGAGUGCAACAUCUGCGGCCACCGCAGCCAGGACCGCUACGAGUUUUCCUCACACAUUGUCCGGGGGGAGCACCAGGUGGGCUGAAGAGGGCUUGUGGGUGGUGCAGUUUGAGAUUUGGGAGAGAUGUACAGAGAGUUGUAUGCUGCUUUGAGAUGGCGUCAUGGCGUCUUUUUUGGUCUGCAUCAGAUUGGGUGCAUGGCACACUAUCUCUUGCUUUUAGUUAGGGGACAUCAGCUUUUACUGCUGAAGAGUAAUCGCCUAGGUACAACCGUAAAACACUCAACACAAAUGCAUCCUGUGUUUAAAGGAUGUCAAGAGGGGGACUUUUCCUCUGAUUGCACUCCCAUAUCAAGUCAUUCAUUGCAAGAUGCAGAUGUUUUGCUUUAGAAGUGCCUUCCUUCUGUGGGGUUUAUUUUUUAUCAGUUAGUUAGGAAGAGAUUUUUGAUGCUUGUAUGGCAGGCAUGAGAUUAGACUAGAUCUGAUUAGUAGUGUUUACAUAGAGUCUGCCUCUUUAACAGAGAAAGACAUUUAAUUAAUUGCUUAUAAGUCCAAAGUCUGGUGGACUGUUUUAACCAGAGUGAUUUUCCAAAGUUUCUGAGCCUGUUAAACCAGAGAAAUAUAUGCCUAGGAGUAUUCAAACAACCUUUGUGCUCUUUUAGGAUACCUCGAUGGCACUGUUGAAAUUAGGCGACUCAGGGAGAGAGGGAAUCGAAAGCAAGCAGCGUGCAUUGCAAAACUCUUUUAAGGCUGGUGGAAAGGGAGUAUUGAUAUGUUAGCCAUAUAAGGAGCACAGACACAUAUUGCCUUAAUAGUUGCUUUAUAUGAACCCUGUAUGAGCUAGAUGUUGAAUUGCACAUGGUUUUAAAUGCUGGAAGUUUCAGUAGGUACAAUGCAGACAUUUGCAUAUUGCCUGAAUUUGGGUAACUUCAAAACGAAGAUGACAUGGCACUCUUAGGUCAAAUUGGAUUGGUGAUUAGGCUAAGGAUUUAUCUUUUUAUUUUUUUUCUAAAAUGUAUAUUAAUGUUUUAUUUAAGUAACAAAAUGAACUUGAAGCAUUUUGCCUUAGUUUAUGAGUCUAAAACCUAUGUCCUAAAAAAGUCAAACCAGUUGGUUUCCUUGUGCCUCAGAUUUAGCUUUUUGUUUCAAACUUUAUCUAGACAGACCUCACUUACAUGGUGAUGAGGAGUUACAUUCAAAGUUUUUAAUCAUAUUUGUAGAAUGAAGUCCCCCCAUCUAUGUUUUUAGAUGUUUAACACAGUAAAAAGCGGAUGGUGAAAAUGAACCUUAAUUGCUCUGGUGCAGACCAAACACAGACCCAUGUUGCAUUCCGUGACUUUAACGUGUGAGACGGAGGGGUUGUUACCUCAAAGGAGGAUUGCACUUUUUCUAAUUCUGCUUAAAUGUGUGUGUUUUGCUGGGGCUUUUGGGAGGGUUUCGGACAGGCGCUGAGGUACGGGGUGGGAGGGGAAUUUUAUUACAAGGCUUUAGGGGAGCAGAUUGUAAUGAAUGGUAACUGAGCUUUGAAACAUAUUCUUUUGUUUUCUGAAAUUGCUCGAUUGCACUGAUUUCUGAUAAAAAUGCUAUUUAGAGAACAAACAAGAAACAAUUUGAUACAAGAACACGUUGGUUAUAUAGACCAGAUGAGCAGUGUGGUGUUUUUAAAAAUUCUAUAAAGGCUAUUUUCCUAAUAAAAAGGGGUCACUGUCAUUUAAGGAUUCAGAACUGAAAAGUUUAUCCCUGUGUUGUAAACUUUGGUGCUUGGAUGUUUGUGUGACUUCUGCCCUUGAUAUUGGGCUUGUAUCCUUGUAUACGCUUGUCCUGUGUGGUCAUGUCCCAUAUGAGGUCCCGCAUAAGGUACAUUCAAUCCCCACUUGAGUACGAACUGCUGCUUGAUUUGAAGGAAAGGACUGACUUCUGUUAUGUACCAUCCUGCCAAGAUAUCGUGGCCUGUUUUAUCGGUGGAUCUCACUUGCACAAACUGAGAUCAUUCUGAUAUACAACUAAAGCACCAAUGAAUGAAUUUUGAAGAAUCUCAAACACUUGUUUUGUUUGAUUGCUUGUACAUUUCUCAUAUUUUAUGUAUCGAGGGUUAAGGUUAAAGGUACUUGGAUGUUGUCAGCUUUUUCCAAUACUUGCUAACAUGUAAUCCACUGACCCGGUACUGCAUCUAUUGGUUGCAUUUAAAAUAGUCCUCUUAAUAUAUUAGUAUGCCUGGAUUCAGUUGAGGGAAAGCCUGUGAAGAACAGUGUGAAUGGAUUGAAAACUAGAACAGAAGUGAGACCAAAUCCAGUAUUUGCAAAGGUUAUUUGACUUUGCGCCCUUCAUGGACAUUAUUUACUUGAAGGUAUGAUAAAAAAAAAAAAAAAAGCCCAUAUAUGACACAAUGCACUUAACGGUCAAAAAUAAAUUAUAUAAUGAUUAUAUCUAUAUAAUUAUAAGUGUGUGAAUGGGAAAGGUUGCAUGUGUACUCACUUUAUUUGCUGAGGUUCUGCAACUGUUCUGCUUGUGAAAUACUACAGUAGCUGCAGUGUCCUGUUUCCUCUAAACCAAACCCAGCUCUUUUUUCUGCACCAUUUCAUAUUUCUUAUCCCCAAGGUGUGAUGAACUCAAUAUUUUUAAAUGAACUGUGAAGCAACCUUAACAAGCAGCAACUGAGAAAGAGAGGCCUAGAAUUUUUGGGGAGGCAGGGAUCAAACUCUGUCAUACUUGGGCUUUAUCCCUGGGUUCAAUGUUUUUAAAUAUUUUGUGAGAAAAAAAUGUAUAUAACAAAAAACUCUUUACCUCAAAUUUGUUAAAAUAUAAAAGCUGCCUCAUGUUCUAUAAAAGGUGUGUUGGUUUCAAGAGGUAUUGUUUAUUUGAUCUUGUUUUUAAGGAGUGUAACCCAACUUUAAGUUGAAGUAAUUUUUCAUGUCCAAUAAAGUACUA